UUUGCCCACAACACCCGCGUGGAAUUGCCGGAGAAGAAAAUUCUCGUAGGCAUUUAUCUUUCAUUAAUUAAUCAAUAUCGGAACCGUUUCAAUCAUCCUACGUUUGGUCGCGUCUCCUCUUCUUCCUCUUCCCUUUUUUGUUUCGUCUUCUCCGAUCGACAGUGACAUUACUCAGAAUCUCUCAAUCUCUGUUACGCACCAAACCCUAAUUUACUAAUCCAUCUGCAUUUCCCCUUUUCAACCGCCGCCGUUUCCGCCUCCUUCUAUGAUUCUUCCCCCCAAUUCUUCAUUCUCUUUACGUUCUACAAGUCCCUAUGUUUUCUGAUUUCCAAUUCUCGAUUUCGUCACUCCGAUGUGCAAGACUAAGAAGAGCACGGACGUGAUCGACCCUGCCAGCCCUAGAUCUUCUCGCCAUCAACGAACCUCCAAAACCUACGCCUCUUCUUCCUAUGCAGAUCCUUCCAGUUCUCUCAAUUUCACCAGCUACAAUAUCACCACCACCGAUACUAAAUCCAGCACUAAGGGUUCCUCUAAAUCUUCCGCUUCUAGUCGGGCAUCGCUUGCUAGUCUCAAGGAUUCUCUUCCUGAUAACCCUCUCAUUUACGAGUUCUCUGAGAUUCGUUCUGCUACCAACAAUUUCCUCUCUAAACCCUUCUCUUCCUCCUCCUCGUCAUCUUCCUGGAGGUGCUCAAUUAGGGGAAAAGACGUUAUCGUCUUUCAGCGGAAAUUGCUCCGCCCGAUUGAACUGCUGGAGUUGAAGCAUCAAUUGUCUGUUAUCUGCCGGAGCCAUCAUAACAGUUUGGUGAAGCUGCUUGGCGCGUCGAUUUCGGGGAAUUAUAUUUAUCUGGUGUAUGAAUUUAUCGCCGGAGCAAGUUUGGCGGAAUGUCUUCGGAAUCCGAGAAACCCCAAUUUUACCGUCCUCUCGACGUGGAUUUCUCGGAUGCAAAUCGCUACCGAUUUAGCGCAUGGGCUCGAUUACGUCCACCAUUGUUCUGGUUUGAACUCCAAAUUCAUUCACAAUCACAUCAAGAGCUCCAGCAUUGUAAUCACGGAAGAAACCCUAGCUGCGAAGAUUUGCCACUUUGGUACCGCGGAGCUCUGCGGCGAGUUAGCAAUGGCAGAGGAGGAGCGGGAGGAAGAAGAAGGAGAUGAAUUAGAGAUUACGACUUACAGGCGGCCGAAGCGAUCUAACAGUAAGAAGAUGAAAUUGGAAGGGACGAGAGGAUACAUAGCGCCGGAGAUGAUGGCAAACGGGACGAUGAGUCAGAAAAUCGACGUUUAUGCGUUCGGAGUGGUGGUUCUGGAAUUGAUCUCCGGCGACGAGGCGUUGAAGUACAUUUUCGAUGAGGGGAAACGCGGCGGAUAUGUGAGAGUGAGUGUGAUAGAGACGGCAAGAAAGGCGAUGGAGAGUGGGAUCGGUGGGAUUCGGACAUGGGUUGACCGAAGAUUGAGGGAUUCUUUUCCGAUGGAGGUGGCGGAGAAAAUGGUUGUUGUCGGGUUGGAAUGUGUGGAAGAAGACCCAGAUAAGCGGCCGGAUAUGGGUCGGGUCGCUGGAAAGGUUUCGAAGCUGUUUCUUGAAUCAAGCCGGUGGGCUGAGAGCAUUGGGAAAACCGUCGACAUGUCGGUUUCGCUUGCCCCUCGGUGAACGGUGAUAGUGAAACGACACACACUGCCAGAGUAUAUAUUUUUUCUUUCUUUUUCUUUUUCCUCACAUUUUCAUAAUUAAUUGAUUUUUAUUUUAUUGCACAUAAAUUUGAAUUUGGUUUAAAUUUCUGAAGAAGUGUUCAUUAGAUUUUUGGGAGAUUUUAACUUUUUUUUUUCUAAUGGGGGAUUUUGCGACAUUUGAACAUUAAUAUGUAAAUAUUGAGAUGAAUUCUUUAUAUAUGCAAAUGAAUAAACGGGGUUACAUGUAUAUUAUAUAGUUUAUUGUGGUUAUUAUAGCCUUUUGUGUUU